CCUGCUACAAGAGUCUGGACUUUGAACUCGAAAGAGAACCAUUUACUUCAUACGUGAUUGGGACGGUGCUCAGAAUUAAUCUGCCAAAAUGAUGGACAUGUCUGACUUCGGGGAGGCAGCUUCCUUCCUUAGAAAAAGUGACAAAGAGUUAAUGAUUCAGCAAACGGUGGCCUUCGAUGGAAAGAAAAAAUGUUGGAUACCGGAUGAUAAGGAAGCUUAUCUUGAGGCUGAAAUAAAAGAGAAUGGAGGAGGAAAAGUAACUGUUGAAGUUGCAGAUGGAAAGACAGUUGUUGUGAAGGAGGGUGAUAUCCAACAGAUGAACCCUCCAAAGUUUGAUAUGAUAGAAGAUAUGGCUAUGCUGACACACUUGAAUGAGGCAUCUGUGUUAAGUAAUCUACGCAAGCGAUAUGCCAACUGGAUGAUCUAUACUUAUUCUGGCCUUUUCUGUGUGACUGUGAAUCCAUACAAAUCGCUUCCUGUCUACAAAACUGAGGUGGUCACGGCUUACAAGGGCAAGAGACGUUCUGAAGCCCCACCUCAUAUUUUCUCCAUUGCUGACAACGCUUACCAUGACAUGUUACGCAAUCGAGAAAACCAGUCCAUGUUGAUCACUGGAGAAUCUGGUGCUGGCAAGACUGUGAACACGAAACGUGUUAUUCAGUACUUUGCCACAGUCGCUGCUAUUGGUGAUCCCAUGGGGAAGAAGAAUCAACCAGCUACCAAGACUGGGGGAACAUUGGAAGAUCAAAUCAUCCAAGCCAACCCAGCUUUGGAAGCUUUUGGAAAUGCUAAGACACUGAGAAAUGAUAACUCAUCCCGUUUUGGUAAAUUCAUCCGGAUCCAUUUUGGAACCACAGGCAAAUUGUCAUCUGCUGAUAUUGAAAUUUAUUUGCUGGAAAAAUCCAGGGUAAUUUUUCAGCAGCCAGGUGAAAGAAGUUACCACAUUUUCUACCAGAUUACAAGUGGGAAAAUGAGUGAGUUGCAAGACAUGCUACUUGUUAGUACAAAUCCUUACGACUUUCACUUCAGCUCUCAAGGUGUAGUAACAGUGGACAACCUUGAUGAUUGUGAAGAAUUAAUGGCGACAGAUCAAGCUUUCGAUAUAUUGGGAUUUAUUUCAGAUGAAAAGUAUGGUGCUUAUAAACUGACUGGUGCAAUAAUGCAUUUUGGAAAUAUGAAAUUUAAGCAAAAGCAACGAGAAGAACAAGCAGAGACUGAUGGCACAGAAAAUACAGAUAAGGCUGCUUAUCUGAUGGGCAUCAGUUCCUCUGACCUUGUAAAAGGCUUAAUGCACCCACGAGUAAAGGUUGGCAAUGAAUAUGUGACCAAAGGUCAGACUGUAGCCCAGGUUGUCUAUGCGGUUGGUGCAUUGGCCAAAGGCAUUUAUGACCGUAUGUUUAAAUGGCUGGUGGUUCGCAUUAACAAGACACUGGAUACAAAACUAUCAAGGCAGUUCUUUAUCGGUGUCCUCGAUAUUGCAGGUUUUGAAAUUUUUGAUUUAAACAGCUUUGAACAGCUCUGCAUCAAUUUUACAAAUGAAAAACUGCAACAGUUUUUUAAUCACCACAUGUUUGUAUUGGAACAAGAGGAAUAUAAGAAGGAAGGCAUUGACUGGGAAUUUAUUGAUUUCGGAUUGGACUUGCAGGCCUGUAUUGAUUUAAUUGAAAAGCCUCUCGGUAUUAUGUCAAUCCUAGAAGAGGAGUGCAUGUUUCCCAAGGCAACUGAUAUGACAUUUAAAUCUAAGCUUUAUGACAACCAUCUUGGAAAGUCACCUAACCUCCAAAAACCUCGGCUUGACAAGAAAAGGAAGUAUGAAGCACAUUUUGAACUUGUGCAUUAUGCUGGUGUGGUUCCAUACAACAUUAUAGGCUGGCUGCAAAAGAACAAGGAUCCGCUAAAUGAAACCGUUGUAGGUCUCUUCCAAAAAUCUUCCAACAAACUCCUUGGGUGUUUGUUUGAAAACUAUGUCAGUUCAGACAGUGCUGACCAUGGUGGAGAAAAGAAACGCAAGAAAGGUGCCUCGUUCCAAACUGUGUCCUCUUUGCACAAAGAGAAUCUGAAUAAACUGAUGACAAAUCUUAGAUCAACAUCACCACAUUUUGUACGAUGCAUUAUUCCUAAUGAAACAAAAACUCCAGGUGCCAUGGAUCCUUUUCUGGUACUACACCAACUUCGCUGUAAUGGUGUACUAGAGGGCAUUCGUAUUUGCCGAAAAGGGUUUCCAAACAGGGUUUUAUAUGCUGACUUCAAGCAGAGGUACCGAAUUCUGAAUCCAAGUGCCAUUCCAGAGGAUAAGUUUGUAGAUAGCAGAAAAGCAUCUGAAAAGCUUUUGGGCACAUUGGAAAUUGAUCAUACCCAGUAUCGGUUUGGGCACACAAAGGUGUUUUUCAAAGCUGGUCUCCUAGGAAAUCUUGAAGAAAUGAGAGAUGGAAGACUAUCUAAGAUUCUUACAUUGAUUCAAGCAAGAGCCAGAGGCAAACUUAUGCGAAUUGAAUUCCAGAAAAUUUUGGAAAGAAGGGAUGCAUUGCUGGUUAUCCAGUGGAACAUUCGUGGAUUUAUGACUGUCAAGAACUGGCCAUGGAUGAAGCUGUUCUUCAAGAUCAAACCAUUGCUGAAGUCUGCAGAAACUGAAAAAGAAAUGGCAAACAUGAAAGACGAGUUCCAAAAGCUGAAAGAAGCUUUGGAAAAAUCUGAAGCUAGAAGAAAAGAACUUGAAGAAAAACAAGUGACCUUGGUGCAGGAAAAAAAUGAUCUAACUCUUCAACUGCAGGCUGAGCAAGAUAUGUUUGCUGAUGCAGAAGAACGGUGUGACCUACUAAUUAAAAAUAAGAUUCAGAUGGAAUCUAAAGUUAAGGAUCUCACUGAACGCAUAGAAGAUGAGGAAGAAAUGAACUCAGAGCUAACUGCUAAGAAAAGAAAAUUGGAGGAUGAGUGCUCAGAACUCAAGAAAGAUAUUGACGACCUUGAAAUAACUUUGGCUAAAGCAGAAAAAGAAAAACAUGCAACUGAAAAUAAGGUGAAAAACUUAACUGAGGAAAUGGCAUCUUUGGAUGACACUAUCAAUAAGUUGACAAAGGAGAAGAAAGCAUUGCAGGAAGCACACCAGCAGACUCUGGAUGACCUUCAGGCUGAAGAAGACAAAGUUAACUCACUAACGAAAAUGAAAACUAAACUGGAACAGCAAGUAGAUGAUCUUGAAGGAUCUUUGGAACAAGAAAAGAAGGUCAGGAUGGAUCUGGAAAGGGCCAAGAGAAAGUUAGAAGGAGACCUAAAGCUGACACAGGAAAGCUUAAUGGAUGCUGAAAAUGAUAAACAGCAGCUGGAAGAGAAAUUAAAGAAAAAAGAAUUUGAAAUCAGUCAGAUGUCUUCAAAAAUUGAAGAUGAGCAAGCAAUUGUGAUACAGCUCCAGAAGAAAAUCAAAGAGUUACAGGCUCGAAUAGAAGAAUUAGAAGAAGAGUUGGAAGCUGAAAGAGCUGCCCGAGCAAAGGUGGAGAAACAAAGAUCCGAUCUAGCUAGAGAAUUAGAAGAACUAAGUGAAAGAUUAGAAGAAGCGGGAGGAGCUUCUUCUGCUCAGAUCGAAAUGAACAAGAAGCGUGAGUCUGAAUACCUUAAGCUCAGAAGAGAUCUAGAAGAAGCGACUCUACACCAUGAGGCCACAGCCGCCUCUCUCAGAAAGAAACAUGCAGACACAGUGGCUGAACUUGGGGAGCAAAUUGACAAUUUGCAGAGAGUUAAACAGAAACUUGAAAAGGAAAAAAGUGAACUAAAACUGGAAGCAGAUGAUCUCUCAUCCAGCAUGGAACAGCUGGUCAAAGCAAAGGGAAUAUCAGAUAAACUCUGCCGCACAUAUGAGGAUCAGCUGAAUGAAACAAAAACAAAACUAGAUGAGAUGAUACGUCAAGUAAAUGAUCUCACAACCCAGAAAGGGAGACUUCAGACUGAAAAUGGGGAAUUUGGAAGACUUCUUGAAGAAAAGGAGUCUUUAAUCAGUCAGCUGUCUCGGGGGAAAUCUUCCUUCACUCAACAAAUUGAAGACCUUAGAAAGCAACUUGAUGAGGAAACAAAAGCUAAAAAUGCACUAGCUCAUGCAUUGCAAUCUGCCAGGCAUGACUGUGAUCUCCUUAGGGAACAGUUCGAUGAAGAACAAGAAGCUAAAGCAGAGCUACAGCGAAGUCUUUCCAAGGGCAAUGCUGAAGUGGCAAUGUGGAGGAAUAAAUAUGAGACAGAUGCUAUUCAGAGGACAGAAGAAUUAGAAGAAGCAAAGAAAAAGCUUGCUGCACGCCUUCAGGAAGCAGAAGAAGCUGUUGAGGCUGCUAAUGCAAAAUGUGCUUCUUUAGAAAAGACGAAGCAUCGAUUGCAGAGCGAGCUGGAGGACAUGAUGAUUGAUCUGGAACGCUCCAAUGCUGCAGCUGCUGCAAUGGACAAAAAGCAGCGCAACUUUGACAAAAUUAUUGCUGAUUGGAAGCAAAAGUAUGAAGAGGCACAGGCAGAGCUUGAAUCCUCCCAGAAGGAAGCCCGUAGCCUCAGUACUGAACUGUUCAAGUUAAAAAAUGCCUAUGAGGAAGUCUUGGAUAUCUUGGAGACAGUCAAGAGAGAAAACAAAAAUCUGCAAGAGGAGAUUUCAGACUUGACUGACCAGAUAAGUGAAGGAAAUAAAAGCCUCCAUGAAAUUGAAAAAGUAAAGAAGCAGGUAGAGCAAGAGAAAUCUGAGGUUCAGGUAGCACUGGAGGAAGCAGAGGGUGCUUUGGAGCAUGAAGAAAGUAAAACACUUCGCUUCCAGCUAGAACUAGCUCAGAUUAAGGCAGAAUUUGAUAGGAAGCUUGCAGAAAAAGAUGAAGAAACAGAAAAUGUCAGGAGAAACCUGCAACGCAUUAUUGAAUCUCUUCAGUCAAAUCUGGAAUCUGAGGCUAAAAGCAGAAAUGAGGCUGUUCGCCUCAAGAAAAAGAUGGAAGGGGACCUGAAUGAAAUGGAAAUCCAAUUAAGUCAUUCUACCCGGCAGGCUACAGAAGCUACUAAAGCCUUGAGAAAUCUCCAGGCGCAAUAUAAGGAUCUACAAGUGCAGUACGAUGAUACUUUACACUUGUCAGAGGAUCUGAAGGAACAGGCCGCUGUCAUUGAGAGAAGAAAUAAUCUCCUUCAGUCAGAGCUUGAUGAACUGAGAGCAGCACUAGACCAGACAGAAAGGGCCCGGAAACUGUCAGAGCAGGAACUUUUGGAAUCUACAGAAAGAGUCAAUCUGCUCCAUUCUCAGAACACAAGCCUGAUCAACCAGAAAAAGAAGCUAGAGAACGAUAUCAACCACAUGCAGAAUGAAGUGGAAGAGUCCGUUCAGGAAUGCAGGAAUGCAGAAGACAAAGCUAAGAAAGCAAUCACCGAUGCUGCUAUGAUGGCAGAGGAGCUAAAGAAAGAGCAGGAUACCAGCGCCCACCUGGAGAGAAUGAAAAAGAAUAUGGAGCAGACAAUAAAGGACCUUCAAAAAAGACUGGAUGAAGCUGAGCAGAUUGCCAUGAAAGGAGGCAAAAAACAGAUACAAAAGCUAGAAAGCAGGGUACGUGAACUGGAAAAUGAACUAGAAGGAGAGCAGCGUCGGAAUGCCGAGUCGCUGAAAGGCUUUCGCAAGUUUGAAAGACGAAUCAAAGAACUCACUUACCAGGGGGAGGAAGAUAAGAAGAAUCUUAUCCGGAUGCAAGAUCUGAUUGAUAAGUUGCAGCUAAAAGUAAAGAGCUACAAGCAUCAAGCUGAAGAAGCAUCGGAACAAGCGAAUCAGUAUUUGUCAAAGUACAAAAAACUGCAGCAUGAGCUGGAUGAUGCUCAGGAGCGAGCAGAUAUUGCUGAAUCUCAAGUGAACAAGCUAAGGAGCAAAACAAGGGAUGUUGCUGGAAAGGUCCGUGAAGAAGAAUAAACAGUCCAAAGAGGCAUCUGAAAGCUUCUAAACGCUGCACUGGUUCAUGUUACAUGGAAAUAAAAAUAAUUAAAUAUU